UGCAAUGUGGACAGCAAAGUGUCACGAAUGGCUUGGCUCAAUCGCACCACCAUACUCUUCGCAGGAAGUGAGAAAUGGUCUCUGGAUCCUCGAGUCAUCUUGAUGGAAAACACUGCUGUCACAGAGUACAGCAUCAUGAUUGAAAAUAUUGAUGUUCAUGAUGAGGGGACCUAUGUCUGCUCCAUCCUGACUAACAAAAAACCAAAGUCCACAAAAGUGCAUCUCAGCGUUCAAGUACCUGCCAGGAUCACUAACAUUUCAAAGGACACCACAGUGAACGAGGGCAAUGAUGUCAAUCUUUUCUGCCAGGCUGUCGGUCGACCAGAAGCAAAUAUCAUUUGGAAGCAUCAGUCACCAGGGGGCAGCCAGAAAUUUGUGAUGGAAGGGGAACAUCUGGAGCUGACAGCCAUUACCAAAGAGCAGUCGGGAACAUACGAAUGCAUCACCUCUAAUGAUAUUGCACACCCCGACAUAAGGGCAGUUCGAGUCACAGUGAACUACCCUCCCUACAUUUCAAAAGCGAGGAGUACAGGUAUUCCUGAAGGACAAAAGGGAAUCCUGCAGUGUGAAGCCUCUGCUGUCCCAAAAGCAGACUUUGAGUGGUACAAAGAGGACCGCAGACUCUUCAAUGGACUUAAUCGUGUUAAGAUAGAGAGUCAAGGAAAACAGUCCCUGCUUGUUUUCUUCAACGUGUCAGAAGAAGACUAUGGAAAUUAUACCUGUGUUGCAAUAAAUACAAUGGGAAUGACUAAUGCCAGCAUAAUCUUUUACGGUCCUGGUGCAAUGCAUGACGUUAAUGGGACUGCCAUGGUGCCCCAUCAUUCUUUAUCCCUUCUGCUGACAGGGAUCCUAUUCUACCUGCUGAAGUUCUGA